UAUAGAUAAGAAGGUAUACACCGAGUGCGUUGUGAUCUAGUCUGAUAUAGUCAAAAGUUAUUAACAGUUGAUAUAAACAAACAGAAAUGGCUGCAGGAUUAUCUCCAGUGGUAUCUGAUCUAGAGAUCAAUAGGCUAUUUACAGUUAUAGAAAUUAAACGCGUUGAAGUAAAAAUAGGAAAGGAUGAACGUUCAUGCCAUAUAUAUGGUAUAACAGUACUGCCAAAAGGAGAUAUCAUUUUAAUUAACAGUGGGAUUGGAAAGCUCAAGCUACUGUCAACGAACUACAAGGUUGUGAACCAUAUUCGCGUACCAGAGAUGCCAUUGGGAAUUUGUGCUGUGUCCGACAACCAGGUGGCUGUAUGCACUUCUGAAAAGAAGAUACUGUUUUUCGAUGUAGAAGACAGCAAACUUCUCAAGAUGGAGCGGGAAAUUGAACUGACCCAUAAUUGCAACCAUGUGUCAUACAUGGCAAGGCACCUCAUAAUAUCGUCUGAUGAUACAGUGUACCAAUACACACUAGCUGGUCAGAGAGUAAGGGAGAUAUACACAACAGAUGGGUGGGGUUUGUAUGGAAUUGCAGUGAGCCCUUCAAGACUUUACAUCACGAAUUACAAAGAAAACAAACUGAUAACGGUGGACAUGCAGGGCGAAGUUCUCGCUACACUGGUUGAUAAGGACCUUGAUCGCCCCACAGGUGUGUGUGUGUCCCCUAGUGGACAGGUGUUUGUGUGUGGCUAUAUUUCCAACACCAUCUUACAGGUGGACAGUCAGGGCAAACAAAAGUUGGCUACACUGGCCAACAAGAAGAAUGAUGUUUCUUGCCCACAAUCAAUGUCCUUUGACAGUAGGACAGCAUCCCUUCUUGUAGGUCAAAACAAUACUGAUGAUCUUUUGGUGUUGAAACUUAAAUGAAAAAGAAAUCCUAUUACCAUUAAAUUAUCAUAGAACUAAAUGUUAACUAAUAUAAACUGAUUUAAAAACUAGUAAGAAUCAUUGAUAAAAGGAAUUGUGUAAACUGAUAAACUAUAAAGUUUUCAAUUUAUUUGUCAUCUGCUUAUCAUCUGUUAUCAGCUGUUUAGUGAUAAACAAUAUAGUAUUCAAUUCAUUUGUCAUUUGCUUAUCAUCUGUUAUCAGCUGUUUAGUGAUAAACUAUAUAGUAUUCAAUUCAUUUGUCAUCUGCGCACAUCUGUUAUCAGCUGUUUAGUGAUAAACUAUAUAGUAUUCAAUUUAUUUGUCAUCUGCUUAUCAUCUGUUAUCAGCUAUUUAGUGAUAAACUAUAUAGUAUUCAAUUUAUUUGUCAUUUGCUUAUCAUCUGUUAUCAGCUGUUUAGUGAUUUACUAUAUAGUAUUCAAUUCAAUUGUCAUCUGCGCACAUCUGUUAUCAGCUGUUUAGUGAUAAGAUAUAUAGUAUUCAAUUCACUUGUCAUUUUCUAAUCAUAUGUUAUCAGCUGUUUAGUGAUAAACUAUAUAGUAUUCAAUUCAUUUGUCAUAUGCUUAUCAUCUGUUAUCAGCUGUUUAUUGAUAAACUAUAUAGUAUUCAAAUCAUUUGUCAUUUGCUUAUCAUCUGUUAUCAGCUGUUUAGUGAUAAACUAUAUAGUAUUCAAUUCAUUUGUCAUCUGCGCACAUCUGUUAUCAGCUGUUAAGUGAUAAACUAUAUAGUAUUCAAAUUAUUUGUCAUCUGCUUAUCAUGUGUUAUCAGCUAUUUAGUGAUAAACUAUAAAGUAAUCAAUUCAUUUGUCAUCUGCUUAUCAUCUGUUACCAGUUGUUCAGUGAUAAACUAUAUAGUAUUCAACUCAUUUGUCAUCUGCUUAUCAUCUGUUAUCAGCUGUUAAGUGAUAAACUAUAUAGUAUUUAAUUUAUUUGUUAUCUUCUUAUCAUCUGUUAUCAGCUGUUUAGUGAAAAACUAUAUAGUAUUCAAUUUAUUUGUCAUCUGCUGAUCAUCUGUUCUCAGCUGUUUAGUGAUAUGUGAUACUAAUAGUAAAAACUCAUCAAAAGAUUUCGAAACUCUAAAACAAUUUCGAUUGCAUUUCAAAUCUCGAAUUUCAAAGAUCAAGAAUAUCAAAUGACACCGUCAUCACAAUAAAGCUAGAAGUGUCAAUUUGCAUUAAAUAAUGUAUGUUAAUUACAAAAGAUGAUUGCAUUUCUUACUCAAAUUUCAAAGAUCAAGAAUAUUAAAUGAAACCAUCAUCACAAUAAAGCUACUAGCGUUAAUAUUUGCAUUAAAUAAUGUAUGUUAAUUACAAAACAAAACAGUAAUUUUAAGGGCAAGAACACCAGCUUAUGCGGUCAAGAUAGAGGGAGAAUUGGAAAAAUGAACAAAUUUCUGAAAAAUAAUAUUUCUUUUGAUUGGACUACAGAAAAAAAACGCUUUGGUAGAAACAUUUUCAUUGUGCUGUUUAAAUUUCUCUUUAAAUGAUUGAAGUUUAUUAGCCUUUUGCCAUUAUUUUUAGAUUCAAUAUUUUGCAUUUAAGAUAUCUUUCGGUACAUCUGCAUCAACCAACCCUUUUUUAAAAGUUAUUUGACCUCUAUUUGAAUUUAACUUUGAAAUGCAUAUGAACUCUUACAGUUUUACAGUUUUUAUUUUGUUGUCACAGGAACAGCUGAUUGGUGCAUCAAUGCCUUUAAUCUAGUCAUAUAACUUACAAUAAAACAGAUUUCCAAUUGUCUAGAAAGCUGCCGAAAAUUAUAUUUUUUCGGAAAGCGUUAGUAAAUAAAUAAAUCACAUUAUUUUUUAAUGUUUAAAAAAUACCACUUGUAUACGUAUUACUACUUAAUUAUCUCGUAGUUAUACUAUUGUACACCAUGUCGGGUAUAUUUAUUGACAUAUGUUUUAAUGGACUCCAUAUUGUGUAUAUUUAUUGACAUAUGUACAUUGGACUCUUUGUCGGGUAUAUUUAUUGACAUAUGUACAUUGGACUCUUUGUCGGGUAUAUUUAUUGACAUAUGUUUAUUGGACUUCAUAUUGAGUAUAUUUAUUGACUUAUGUACAUUAGACUCUUUGUUGGGUAUAGGUGUUGACAUUACUGUACAUUAUUGUACUCCAUAUUGUGUAUAUGUACUGACAUAUAUACAUUGUAUUCCAUAUCCUGUAUAUUUAUUGACCUAUAUCAUUGUAUAUAUUUAUUGACUUAUGCACAUUGUACUCCAUGCUGUGUAUCUCUAUUUACACAUGUUCAUUGUAAUCCAUAUCGUAUACAUUUUUGACAUAUGUACAUUGUACUCCAUGCUGUGUAUAUCUAUUAAUACAUGUUCAUUGUACUCUAUGAGUAUACAUUUAUUGAUAUAUGCCCAUUGUACUCCAUGCUGUGUAUCUCUAUUUAUGUAUGCACAUUGUACUCCAUAUCGUAUCUCUAUUUACAUAUGCACAUUGUACUCCAUGCUAUGUAUCUCUAUAUACAUAUAUGCACAUUGUACUCCAUGCUGUGUAUCUCUAUUUACAUAUGCACAUUGUACUCCAAGCUGUGUAUCUCUAUUUACAUAUGCACAUUGUACUUCAUGCUGUGUAUCUCUAUUUACAUAUGCACAUUGUACUUCAUUCUGUGUAUCUCUAUUUACAUAUGCACAUUGUACUUCAUGCUGUGUAUCUCUAUUUACAUAUGCACAUUGUACUUCAUGAUGUGUAUCUCUGUUUACAUAUGCACAUUGUAUUCCAUGCUGAGUAUCUCUAUUUACAUAUGCACAUUGUACAUCAUGCUGUGUAUCUCUAUUUACAUAUGCAUAUUGUACUUUAUGCUGUGUAUCUCUAUUUACAUAUGCACAUUGUACUCCAUGCUGUGAAUCUCUAAUUACAUAUGCAUAUUGUACUCCAUAUCGUAUCUCUAUUUACAUAUGCACAUUGUAUUCCAUGUUGUGUACCUCUAUUUACAUAUGCACAUUGUACUCCAUAUUGUAUCUCUAUUUACAUAUAUAUGCACAUUGUACUCAAUGCUGUUUAUCUCUAUUUACAUAUGUUCAUUGUAAUCCAUAUCGUAUACAUUUUUUUGACAAUUGCACACUAGUAUAUUUAUUGACACAUGUUUAUUGUAAUCUAAGUUGUGGAUAUCUAUUGACUUAUAAACAUUUACUUCAUGUCGUAUUUAUCUAUUGACAAAUUUAUUUAUAAAACAAACUAAAUAUAUGUACGAUAGUGGUGAAUGGAAUUGACUAAUCCUAAUUUCAAUAUAAAUAUAUAAAGACUUGUAUCAUCCAUGAAUUAUGAUUUAAAUAAACCUUAUCAA